AUGACCUCUAGCACCCCUGUGGACGAUCCAGUCAUCCCCGUACCUCCAAGUCGGGAUGAACACGCACACCACUUGGCCUGGACUGACUGGGCGAGGAGAGCCCCAGGACAGAAGCUCACCACGGAGAAAGAGAGAAACGCCCUGAUGUGCUCGACCGAGAUAGCUCGAGCCGUGAAGUUGGGCUACAUCAAACCUGAACACGCCCGCAAAGCCUAUGAAGUCAUGUUGCUGACGGCUCAUCGCGAAUCUGAUUUCAACGCGAGGGCGACAAAUUCCGAAAGCUCGGCCACCGGCAUGUUCCAGCAAACCAAGGCGUUCCAUCAACGAAGUCCACUCAAUUCUCCCAGCGUCCGGAAAGUACUGCUCACAGUUGAGCAGCGCAUGGAUGUUGCGACGGCUGCUGGUUUCUUUCUGAGACAGCUCGCCCAUUGCCCUAAUUGGCACGAAAUGAAGAUAAACAAAGCGGCUUACGAGGUGCAAAAGUUUCGUCUCCAGGAUAUGCACCGCUACGAGGACCCCACGAUUACCAGGGAAGUUGUCUGCCUGAGCGGCGCUUUAUUUCCCGGGCAAGCAUCCAUGAUCGAUAACGCCGUAUAUUCGAAUGCGGGUAGGGCCAAGCUCAGUUGUCAGAGUUCUGGUGCUUUCAGCUGUAAGGUCGGCGGCUGCGACGAAACCGUCUCGGAGCCAUCCACGGAGGUGACCGGUGAGGAGCUCCCCGUGUCAAGGCUUCAUAUACCCAUGCACGUUCCAGUCAUCGACCUGACGCCAAAGGAUCCUAUCCCAAAAGGAGCCCGCGAGAAAUGGGAUCAUGCGAUCCAGACUGGGAGUACAGGCGUUGUAACUGCAAUUGUGGGAAUGGGGGGAGGGGCGGCUCUCGGGGCAGCCACAGGGGGAGGGGCUACCAUCGUCCCCUCAGGCACAGGACUGGCUCUUGCAUUAAAUCUACUUCAUCCUGCAGGCCAGGUUGGUGCCGUGAUAGGGCUCGGGGUUGCUGGAACAUGCUUUGCUUGGCAUUAUUUUACCCAUGAUAGGUGA